AUGCAACGUGGCAGACAUGCAGAACUAUCGCUGGCGUCCCUACCUGGCAAAUGCAUCUCUUUGAUGGCGGACAUGCCAAUCGAGCGUGAUACGUUGAUAGCUCAGUACGUAGGCGAGGUGAUAAGUCGAGCGAUGUAUCGGGAACCUGUGAAUACAAAUGAGGUGAUUGAUGCACGCUUCAUUGGAGGAAUCGCCCGAUUUGCGAACCAUAGUUGCUCGCCAAAUUGUGUUGUGGAGCGCUGGGAGGUCGAAGAAAUUACCAUCAAGUACGGAAGGGCGUUUGUACGAGAUCAGGUAAGCUAA